AUGUCUCUAGAACAUUUUCGCGACAUAAUUUAUUACAACUUUCAGAGACAAUUAUCGCAACAAGAAUGCCUUGCUGAGUUAGUGUCUGUUUUCGGCAACGAAGCGCCACAUCAGUCGGCAAUUUCCCGUUGGUAUGAAGAAUUCAAACGUGGACGGGUCGGUCUUAGCGACGAUCUCAGGGUGGGUGCACCAAAAACGGCAGUCACCAAGGAAAACGUCGAUGCUGUGCGCAAGCUCAUCAUUGAAGAUAGACAUACCUCAAUUCAAAAAAUAUUACAUGAAGAAUUAGGAGUAAGAAAAUUAGUUUCUCGGUGGAUACCCCACCUGUUGACUGAAGAGCAGAAAGCAGCCAGGGUUAUUUGGUGUCAAAAAACGCUUGACCGUUUCAAUUCCGGAAACUCAAAAAAUGUGUACAGCAUUGUUAGUAGUGAUGAAUCCUGGAUUUACUGUUAUGAACCAGAAAAUAAACGACAGUCGGCUGUUUGGGUGUUCCAAGGUGAAGAAAAGCCAACAAAAGUCAUCCGUUCUCGAAGUGUUUCGAAAAAGAUGGUCGCGACAUUUGUCACCAUUUGUUUGCCAAAACUCAUCACCGAGCUUCGAAAAAUCAACCCCGAAAGAAGAAUCAUCCUCCACCAAGACAAUGCAAGCUCGCACACAGCCCAAAAAACAAGGCAGUAUUUAACGGAAGAAAACGUGGAAUUAUUGAACCAUCCUCCAUAUAGUCCCGAUCUAAGUCCUAACGAUUUCUUUACUUUCCCGAAAAUUAAAAAUAGACUGCGUGGUCAAAGGUUCCAGUCACCAGAAGAAGCAGUUGACGCAUUCAAAAGUGCCGUUUUGGAUCUGCCAGCAAACGAGUGGAAUAAGUGCUUCGAAAAUUGGUUCGAGCGCAUGCAGAUGUGUAUUAAUCUUCGUGGAGAAUACUUCGAAAAACAAUAA